AUGCAUACAAAGGUGUAUGUUUCUGAAGACCGGUCCAAAAUACUGGUUCUGUUUUACGAAGCAGCAUGCGUAUUUUCUAAUUUCUAUCCAGCUGGAUUCACUGCUUCAGCACUUCCUAAUUUAGUGAAGAAGUUCGAAAAUGAGAAGGAAGAAGAAAAGAAGAAAUUAACGUUCAAGUGUAGUGAACAGUAUUUUAUGUAUCACAAAGCACUUCUUGUUGGAGAUGAGGAGAUUGCAGAACAAAUUCUAAAUGAGAGUAAUCCAAUGAAGAUGAAAUUGCUAGGUAGAAAGCUGACAAUGAGUAAGGAACAAUUGUAUCAAUGGUCCAAACUGUCAAAAGACGUUAUGUACAACGCAUGUCUUCAAAAGUUCUCAAAUGAUGAAAAAUGCAGAAAAACAUUGUUUCGAACUCACGGAAUGAAACUUGUGGAAGCAUCUCCAACUGAUAAGAUAUGGGGAGUUGGUCUUGACAAGAAUGACAAAAGAUGUGAAGAUGAGAGAACUUGGAGAGGAACGAAUUGGUUGGGAGAGGUUUUGGAUAAAGUACGAGACGAAUUAUGGGAGAGAAACGAAUUCAAGAAUGAGAGAGAACUGAUUGAGAAGGAAAGUCUCGAGACAAGAUGUCAAUUGUUGGAGCAUUUCCCGUGUUAA